GACAACAUCUUCGCGAGUUAAUUGCACCAACGAGCAUCAGUCGUCAAAGGGUAAGUCCAAUACGAGUGCGUCCUAUCAAUGCUGCUGCUGCUACCGCUGCUACUCUACCUACGAAUAAUCGAACAUGUUGUACGGGUUGCUGGCCUCUGUGGAGGUCGAAAGAGCAUGCGAUCGAGAGAACAUUGGCAUUCGCGAACCUCUGGUCAUAGGCCAGCAGGGUUUUAUGAAGAUGCUGGAUUAGGUCGGGAGGAAGGGCAGUGGGAGCAGCGGCAGCGAUCAACUUGCGCAGCACGUCCGGCCAGAAUACUGAUCUUUACCUCGUCCUAGAACUCACGACAGCACCUCCAAUAUGGCGUCCCAAGCUCCCGCUCAGGCAAUGAGCGGUGUCAACAUCUCGAAGCGUCGCAAGUUCGUGGCCGACGGUGUCUUCUACGCCGAGUUGAACGAGUUCUUCCAGCGUGAACUGGCGGAGGAGGGCUACUCCGGUGUCGAAGUGCGUGUCACCCCGACUGUGACCGACAUCAUCAUCCGCGCCACACACACCCAAGAAGUGCUCGGAGAGCAAGGACGAAGGAUCCGCGAGCUCACCAGCCUGAUCACCCACCGCUUCCGCUUCCCCCCGGACUCUGUCUCCCUCUACGCCGCCAAGGUCCAGUCCCGUGGUCUCUCCGCUGUCGCCCAGUGCGAGUCUCUCCGCUACAAGCUUCUCAACGGUCUCGCUGUCCGUCGUGCGUGCUACGGUGUUCUCCG